AUGUUUCGCUCACGUUGUCAUCGUCCACAACACAAACCUGAUUCAAUUGAAUAUCAUAUAUCUAGGUCGCAAAUAUCUUUUUUACUAUCACCAUCAACAAACAACACUUCGACUAAAUACUCUCCACGUUACCGUCCAGUUCUAAUUACAUUUCCAUUAGUCGUAACAUUAAAAGAAAUUUUAUCACAAAAAGAUUUUAUUGAUUUAGCUUCUAAACAUUCGUCAACACCUGUAUCAACUACAGAUAAUGAUGAUCAACAGCAGCAGCAAAACACGGCUUAUUUUGAAUUAGAAGGCAAAAUAUUAGAUGACAAUUUACGAUUUUCAUCAAUUAUUUUAAUGAAAGCAUUAAUAUUAGUUAUUAAUGAGAAUACUCAAUUAAAAUUUCAUGAAAGUAAACGUAUUUCACCAGAUCCUACCGCCGUAGCUGAACAUCGUAAAGGCUUAAUUAGUCGUCUUCCAAUUGAUAAUGGCCAUCGACCCUCAACUAGUAAACAACAAAAUUAUCCAAAUGAGAGUUUAGAUUUAUUAUUUGAUACAUUGCAUGGUGAAUUGUCAUAUAUAACUGAAUAUUUAAAAAGUCAUAUUGGUGAAAGACAUGAUUUUACAACAUAUCCAAUACAACUACAAAAACAAGAUAAAACAAAACAAUGGAAUGAAUGGGAAACAGGAAUAUAUAAAAUGUGUGGAGAUGCGGAUGGCACAGUAAAUAUUGCGUUAGCUUCUGAUUGGGGUGCGGGUACAAUGGAAUCAGCACUUGUUGCUAGUUCAAUGAUGAAUGGUUUAGAUUUGAGUACUCAACAACAACUAGCUACACCUAAUCUACCACAUUAUUCAAUACAUUUAGGUGAUAUUUAUUAUGUUGGUCUACCAACAGAAGUUCAACAUUGUUGUCUUGGUGUUAAACCACACUGGGCAGAACAAGGUGUUCGAUGGCCUAUUGGACGAAAUGGUAGUUUUACAAUUCCAGGAAAUCACGAAUUGUAUAGUCGUGGUUUUGGUUACUGGGAUCAUUUUUUACCACAAUUAGGUUUGUUCAAUCCUGAAGAUUUAACACAACCUACACAACCACAGAACACUUCAUAUUGGUUAUUAGAAAAUGAACAAUGGAGAAUAAUUGGUCUUGAUACUGGCUAUAAUUCAUUUGCACUAAUAACAAUUGAUAAUUUCUCAAUUAAAUUACCAGAAGAAAUAAUGGAUUGGUUAAAAACAGUUGUUGGACUUAGUCCACAAAUGACUGAUAAACGUGGUCUAUUGUUUUUCUCACAUCAUCAAGUGGUGAGUGCUUGGGACGAAAAACCAUAUACAGAGUUUCCUGAACAAAUAGCAUCAUUAUUACCAGAAGGACAGACUGUCCUCUAUCUAUGGGGUCAUGAACAUCGUUUGAGUUUUUAUGAAAAACAAACAAUCGAACCGAUGCUAAAUUCUGGUAGUAAAUUAUCGUUAUAUGGACGAUGUAUUGGUAAUUCUGGUUUUCCUACGUUGGCAACGCAACUUCCUAUCAAAGCUCGUGAAACUAAAUUAUUAUUUUAUGAUGAUCGUUUAUAUAAUGUUGAAGAUAAAGAUGCUUGGAGUGAUAUGGCAUUAGGUUUCAAUGGUUAUGUGACAAUGAAAUUUGUACGUCCAAAACAAGCAGGUGAUACAAGUUUAUAUUUAACUUAUAAAAGUUUAGAUUUAAACACAAAAGGACAAUUAACAGCUGAAAAUGCAACUAUUCUAGUUAACGAAGAAUGGGCUGUUGAUUCAAAUGGGAAUGUUAUUCUCGUUAAAUUACAACCUGUCAAUCAAGAAAUGACAAAAAGCGUUCAUAUAAAUACGAAUAAUGAUGAAUCAUCAUCAUCAAAUGAAUCACACUGUUGUACAGCUUCAUAA